CUUACAGUUAUGGCUCUCUACAAGGUGAUCGGUGCGGUGGCUCUGCUGACUCUCCUGACACACGAGUCUCACUCACAACUAAAUGUGUGCGGUAUAACUCGGCUCAACACCAGGAUUGUUGGAGGACAGAACGCCCCUCCGGGUAACUGGCCCUGGCAAGCCAGCCUGCAAACAUCUGGGGGCCACUUCUGUGGAGGAUCCCUCAUUAACCGUGAAUGGGUGCUGACUGCUGCUCACUGCUUCCCAAGCAUCCCAGCCAGUCUGACUGUGUCUCUGGGUCUCCAGAGUCUACAGGGACCCAACCCCAAUGGGGUGUCUCGGACAGUAACAAAGGUCAUCGCAAAUCCUAACUUUAACGCCAUAACUUACGACAACGACCUCUGCCUCCUGCAGCUCUCCUCACCGGUGACGUUCACAGAUUUCAUUGUUCCUGUCUGCCUGGCAGCUCCAGGCAGCACCUUCUUCAGCGGUGUUAGCUCCUGGGUGACCGGCUUUGGCGCCAUUGCAUCCGGAGUUUACCCUCCUCUCCCAGUAAACCUAAUGGAGGUGAAUAUGCCAAUCGUGGGGAACAGAGAGUGUAACUGUGACUUUGGAGUGGGCUCAAUUACAAACAACAUGAUCUGUGCCGGGUUACGUGCUGGAGGGAAGGACUCCUGUCAGGGGGAUUCAGGUGGUCCGCUGGUGAGCAAGCAGGGCAGCCGCUGGAUCCUGGGGGGAAUCAUAAGUUUUGGAAAUGGUUGUGCCCAGCCUAAUACCCCAGGAGUCUACACCAGAGUGUCCCAGUAUCAGUCCUGGAUCAACAGCCAGAUCACCAGCAGCCAGCCGGGCUUUGUCACCUUCACGUCCACUGGAACUGACAGUGACCUCAGCAUCAGCUGUGCUGGCCUGCCACCGCCUCCAACCACCCUCCCUACAACCGCAGGUUUCUUUCAUCACUGCUCAGAUGAAUGUGUGCUGCAGGGUUUCAGGGUACACACGUUAAGUCCCUGAUUGCAAAACUUUACAUACAUACAGCAUCAUUUUGAGAUUGUUGUGUUGUAAACUGUCAGUCAGUGAUCAUCAGACGUCUGUCAGUGCAGACACAGUCAAUAAACAUUCAUCCCUUGCCUGUCAUCACACAAUGUGGCAGUUGCACACAUAAAAAGACAUGCUUUGAGA